CUCGGUUCCCGCCAGCGCAGUAACAACUUCGCCGACGAGCGCGUGAAAUACCUUCAGUUUCCUUUUAAGCAAAUCAAGAAAAAUAUUUUAAAAAUCAAAACCCACAAGUGCCUUACCAUUUAAUCUAUAGAAUAUUGCAACGAAUUUACUGCCCCUAAAUAUAUACACCAUAUCGCAGCAGGAACACAAAAGAUACAGAUACAAAAGCUCAACGAAUGCGGAAGUGAGCCAAAAAGCCGGCGGCUUUUUUAUUAAAUUAUUGCAAUUAACGCAAAGGAUAAAAAAUAUACACAAGUGUGCUAAAAAGCAAAAAGCAAACAAAGGGAAACAAAAGAGUGAGAGAAAGUGAUCGAGUGCCUUCAUUUGCAUAUCCUUGCAAAUCGAAUUAAUUUAAAAUUUUAAUAACAAAAAAUCAAUUGAAUAGUAAGAAAACGUGCCGCAAUGUCUGUUGUUCGCAGUGCCAUGUCAAGCAGAAGUAUUCAAUAAUAUUAAAUCCCGAAAUCUGAAACCCAAAAUCCGAAUUCGGAUCUGAAAAUUGAUUAAUCACUGUGCCUUGAACUGAUCGUGACUCGUGAGUCAGAGCAGCGCCAUUUAAUUGUCCGCAAAUAAAAGUACGGAGCCCAGUUGCAAAUUGUCGGGUUAAAUAUUGGUAGAAUAUCGGUGGAAUCCCCCUCCCCCGCCAGGCAUUACCCCUGGCCCCACCACUCGAGUGAAGCUUCAUGCGAAAAACGCCGCUUAAAUGCAUACGGAUAUCAUAAUUGGUGAUCAAUUUGCCGCCAAUAAUAACUACUGGGUGAUGCAGUCCCCGGAACUGGACUAUCGGCACGAGCUGAUGGGUCGUCUGCACAAAAUCGAGCCCGCCGAUGUUGAGCUUGAGGUUCUGGCAGCCGCUGCUGCAGCCGCCAACAACAAUAACAACAACAGCAGCAGCAACAACAACAACAACCACAGCAGCAACAGCAGCAGCAACAACAGCAACGGCAGCCAAACACCCACCGGCAACAGCAACAACAACAACAGCUUGACAGCCGGAGGCCAUCAGCAACAUCAGUUCCACCACCACCUGCACCACCACCACUCGCAUCAGCACCACCACCAGCACCACCAUUUGCACCAGCACCACUCGCACAGCCUGCAGAGUGGCGAAAGUGGUGCAUCGGAGGCGUGGCCCCACCUCACCGGCCCCUCGUACGCCAGCGAUGUUGCACAUACGCAGCAGCAACAUCAGCAGGCGCAGCAGCAACUGCAGCCCGCUGGAUCCCCGAAUUCCAACUCAAACGGAGCCUACGGCUGUGCCCCUCUGUACGAUGGAGCGCCCUACGAGGUGGCACUCGGGGGUUAUGGUGGUGCGGUGGUUGCGUCAGCGGGUGGUGCGACUUCCAGCGACAAGGAGUAUCUAUAUGAAACCAAAAACAAAGAGGCUCUGUACGCCGAUCCGCUGGACGAUCCCUACCAGCGACCCGUGCUCUGGGACGAUAUUACUACCUCAAUCCAAAAUAUCGAUCCGGAGAACGCGCUCAUGCUGAGCAGUAGCAACAGCAACAACAACGGCAGCGGCAGCAGCAACACUACCAGCGAACCUGCAACAUCGCAGCUGCCGCAGGUCAAGAUGGAGGCGAUCGAUGAGAGUCUGCUAGAGACUUUCUCGACCCCUUUGCUCAGUCCCCUGGAGAUAAAGACGGAGAAACAGCAGCAGCAGCAGCAACAGCAGCGACAACAGCAGCAGCAACAUCAGCAGCAACAGCAACACCAGCAGCAACAUCAGCAGCAGCAAUACCAGCAGCAACACUAUCAGCAACAUUAUCAGCAGCAGCAGCACUUGUACCAGCAUCAUCCCAGCCUGGCGCUGCCUGGCCUGCCACCCGCUGUCGAGGUGGUGGAGUUGCAACUGCAGCAGCAGCAGCAACACCAGCAGCAGCAGCAACAUCUGCAGCACGGCGGCAGCAGCAGCAACAGCCCCAAGCUGGCGACCCCCGGCGACAGCAGCAGCAACACCUCCUCCUAUCAGCAACAGUACGCAUCUCAAUUGGUCGCCGGAUCGGGCGGCGGCUAUCUCAACGGUAGCAGCAGCAACUCCUACGGCUACAGCUGGCACAGCAGUCAGACCUUCCAUACCAAAUACCAAAUACACCCGCCAUCAGCCGCUGCCUCAGCCACCGCCUCCGCCACUGCCACGCCCACAGCUCAACUCGGUGCUCAACAGCAACAACAACAGCAGCAGCAACAACUGCAGCAGCUGUGUCCCCCCGCGGCGCCCAGCACCCCCUCGGCCUCCUCCUCCUCCAUUUCCUCCUCCUCCGCCUCCUCUGCGAGUCGCCACAUGUUCGUGCCACCUUUAACACCACCCAGUUCGGAUCCCGGCAGUCCGGGCAGCUCGAUGGUGGCAGCAGCAGCCGCGGCGGCAGCCCAACGACGUACCACCCCCCCACCGCCCUAUCAGCAAGGUCAUGUGAUGGGCCUACUCAACCCACCGCCCACGCUGCAACUUCUGGGCGGGGCAGUCACGGGGAGCAACGGCAGCAACUGCCCCACCGCCACCACCACUCUGACCACCCUAACACCCGCCAGUGCCAUUCAGCAGCAGCAACCACAGCAGCAACAGGUGCAACAGCAACAGCAACAACAGCAGCAGCAGCAGCCACCGCCCACCCCCCGCUCUUCGGGGGGCGGGAGGCGUGGCCGGCACUCGCACCACCAACCGGGAACCGCCGCCCACAUCGCCAGCCUGAUGAGCGUGCGAACGGUGCGCUACAACCGACGGAAUAAUCCCGAGUUGGAGAAGCGACGCAUCCACCACUGUGAUUUCGUGGGUUGUUCCAAGGUCUACACGAAAAGCUCGCAUCUGAAGGCCCAUCAAAGGAUCCACACCGGUGAAAAGCCCUACACCUGCCAGUGGCCCGAGUGCGAGUGGCGGUUCGCCAGGUCGGAUGAGCUGACCCGGCACUACCGGAAACACACGGGGGCCAAACCGUUCAAGUGCAUCGUCUGCGAAAGGAGCUUCGCGCGGAGCGAUCACCUGGCGCUCCACAUGAAGCGCCAUUUGCCCAAGAACAAAUGAGGAAGGUCACGCGGGGUCACGAAGGUCACGACGAGCCCCAGUCAGCAGGCCCCACAAAAUCAACUAUACCACAAUCCAAAGGACUUUAGCGUAGAUAAAAUGAAUUCGUUUAGUUGAAAGGUUAACUACUACAUGGUACACACACUCUACUCUAGGAACAGCUAACCAAUUGGGGUGGGGAUAUCAUAUCGUUAUGAUAUCAUAUCACCCACCCAAUUAACUCAAUCGCGAAGUAGGCUAAGUAAAUGAAAUUACCACCCGCUUGAAAGAACGAUCAUCCUACUGUACUGUACCAACUAACCCGCACUUAACCGGCACCACAACAAACCAAUCACAAAUGGAACUAGGCUAAUAAUAGCAUUACGUUAACGUGUAUAAACUUAUUUCCCUGCAUAUAUAGGACACUAGAUCUACAUAGAUGUUUAAUCAGAAUUCGGAACCUAGGUGGGUUAAGUAGCCGUAGUCCCAUGUAUUCUAUUUGUAUAUCACCAUCGUAUGUAUCUUAGUGUCGUAAAUCGUAAAUCGUA